AUGUCAAGACAACGGAUUCCUAUCUUUGACGGGCUUGAGCUGGAUGGCUAUGGUUAUGAAAGUGACAGUGACCUCGAGGACGAGGACGAUGGCACCUCUGUCAAAAGUGAUACUGGAGAUAUCUUAGCAUCACGCGCCCACACACCUGUGGCCACGGGUUCUGAUCACGAGGAGACGGUCUCAUAUCCCUACUUACCGGAUACAUCAAGUUCUGCGGAUGAUUAUACCUUUCCCGUCAAACAGAAUGGCUUAGAUGCGACUAGUGUGAUGCCAUCGUGGGGUUCUCAGGACCUCCAGUCUAGCGGUAUGCCAUUGUUGUCCGACCGUGGCUGCCACAUCUUUGUCAAGGAUACUGCGUUCCAGACGUGGUACUCCCUUUUGUACUAUCUCUAUACAGAUAAUAUUGCAUUUUCGCCGCUCAAGUCGUCGGGUCCACAGGGGCCUCAGAGGUUUUCACGCACGGCAAAGCCAAGGCCGCAAUGCUCACCGAAAUCGAUGUACAGCCUGGCGACAAAGCUCGGUAUCGACAAACUCCGUGAUCAGGCCUUUGCUUCUAUUCGCAGCAAUGUGGAUGAAAACAACUUAUUACAAGAAUUGGCAAGUAGUUUUACCGGGAGGUACCCGGCCGUCCUGGAACUGGAACUGGAUUUACUUGCGGAAGAGAUAGCAAGUGCGCCCAUUGUUGAAGGCUUACCCCACCUCAUGAGGCGGAUUGCUCAAAAGGAGCUGUCCCAUGGGGCUGAUAUCUUGAUUGGAUACAACGCUCGAAUUCUUCGUAAACACUAUUUAUCUACACGACCCACUCCAGCUGCACGCCACCCGCCAUCAUCCCGAGAAAGCGUUCCUCUACAACUUAAAACAUCCAAUUCAGUUACCAUCUCCGAGUGGUCCCCGGAAGAAUUUGCCGAUCAUCGUAUCUCAGACAAAGAGGAUCAAUCAUGCCCGUCGUCACCAUCCUCGACACAAGCUGUGACGUCACGGUCUUAUGGUAGCGGGGCUCUCACUAAGACUGCAAACGUCUCGAAUCAGAAGAAGAAGAAGAAGAGGUAGAAGGCCGUCAUCUGAGUACGCUCUGCGAACUUCCAGGCUUGCUUAGAGUCGGACAUGAUACUCUUGUACGUGUACUUGAUAUGCUUGUCUAUCACAUCACAAUGGAGACGUUCGCACUUGUCUUCGGGUCGCCUAGGACUCAGUCCUAGAAACAGGUGCAGAACAUGCCUCUCGAGGUUCCAGGAAGUGGCCGCCUACUGAUAUGGUCAUUACUUUGAAGAACCAGUGGACCAAGUGAAGAAUGCACUUGCCAGCGCCGAAUCAUUCGUUAACUACUAGUUUAGAGAGUACUUGAUAGCUGGUGCUCAACCCUUCCUCUUUCGUCUCCGAAGAUGACAUUCGACAUGG